GAAAUUUGAACCGUUCUCUCAACAAUGCAGUUUAUUAUCACUUAUCGCAUGCCCGGUUUACCAUGUAAUCGAUGCAUACGUGAUAAAACAUUGGAAGAGAAAUUUGCGUUAUUAAUAUUCACUAAUGGUUUAAAAUAGCUCUACUUAGAAAUUAAGUGCUAUCAGACAAACCUGACUGCACAUAAAUUCCUUUUGAUCCUGACGAUUGCAUGCAGGAAAACGGAUUUUUUGUCAGAUUUGAACUAGUUACUUAUUUCUAGCGGCGGGAGGGCAGAUAAGAAUCCAUGUAAACAAAUGAGCAAGCUGUACCUGGUUUUAAAGAUAGUCCUUAUACUAAAAACGUAAACAAUGGCGGACGCAAACAAACGUGGCAUAUUUUUUGAUGGAAUAUAUCUCCCCACAUUCAAACCAUUGUUGGAAAAUCCAGAAGUUCGAUUGAAUGCUAUCAAGAACUUAGAAGGACGCUCUGAUGAUGUGCUUAUUACAGCUUUCCCUCGAUCAGGUACUCAUUGGUUGUGGGAAAUUACAAAUAUGCUGCUUACACAAGAGGAUAAAUAUACUGAAAAAACGAAAGAAACUGCUUUCCUGGAAUUUGUUGAUGACUGGAGCAAUAUAGAAAAAAUACCAUCUCCAAGACUCCUCAACACUCAUGUACCCUAUCGCUGGCUUCCAUUGCAACAUGUUGCUAAACAAAGGAAAAUUUUACACGUCAUCAGGAACCCCAAAGAUGUCUUUGUCUCUCUUUUCCAUUUCCAGAAGAAUUUUGGGUCUACCGAAGACUGGGACUCAUUUUAUAAAUCUAAGGUUAUUGGGUCUGGUACCAAUUAUGGUGGUUGGUUAGAGUACGAGCGAACAUUCAUCUUGGAAAGUAAAAAUGUUCAUGUCAUUUUUUAUGAAGAUAUCAAAUUAAAGCCAACAGAAGAAAUAAAAAGAUUGGCAAAAUUUCUGAAUGUCGAGUGUGCAGAUGAUUUGAUUGCGAAUAUAGCCGAAAAAUGUGAAUUUGACAAAUUAAAGAAAGCUCACGUGACGGUUAAGAAAACCGAAUCUAAAGUCCAGCACUACAGAAAAGGUGAAAUCGGAGAUUGGAAGAAUCAUUUCACGGUUGCUCAGAAUGAAGAAUUUGACGAACUAUUUAGAACAAAAAUGGCAGGUUCUUUGCUUUGCUCAAAAUAUUGCCCAACAACUUCAUAAGAUUUACCUUGAUUACUUGACCAGGGUAGAAAACAGUUAAGGAUAAUUCAUUCUUUCCGUAUUUGAAAACACAACUAAAAGAACAAAUAUGAUGUUGCUUCUUAAUAUUGUAUAUAAGCUCUUUGUUUCAUCAUAUUGAUUGUAAACGUUUUUUAUUACCAUUUUUCUAUCAAACAAAUUGAUAAAGUGAUUUGUUUAAAUCUUAAAAAAAUGACCCCCCCCCUCCUUGGGGUCUGAACUUGAUUUAAUUAGAAUUAAUCAAGUACAUGGCGCUUUCAGACCACAAGGAUUAUGUUUUGCAUAAAUUAUCUAAUCAAUCACAUCAUUGAUUACAUCAGUAAUGGGAGUUAUGAAUUAUUUUAGUUGUAAAAUAUUACGGCAUAAAGAAUGAAAUAUUAAUAAUUUUAUGAUUAAUUGUAUAAACUUAUUAAUUAUUGUUAUAUAAUCAUCUAUUGUCAUUUUCCUGAUUUUGUUUAGACAAUAAAGUCACAAAAGUGGCAGAGUGC